AUGUAUGCAAGUAAUAAUGAUAAAGGACGUAAUAAAAGUAAAGCUUCGUAUGGUAAUAUUGAUGAUUGUUUUGUACGUGUAUAUAAUUCUUCAACAAGUUCAAUAAGAAUAUUAUCUGAUGAUGAUAUUAUUGAUGAACUAGCAAUUAUUGUUUGUUCUUUAUUAACAUGUUCAUUAUUUAAUGAAUUUGUAUUUUUAUUUGGUCGUUGUAAUAAUGUAUAA